UAUUUUCAAAGUGUUUUUUUAUUGUCAUCUGGCAUAAUUUUUUUGUUGGUUUUCUGGUGGAUUACGAAGCAAAGUUGGCCACACUGUGCUCACUCGACGCGUCAGUAAAGUAACAUGGCGUCGUAUCGCGAAGGGAGGCCGCGGACGAGCCUGGCGUGGGUACAUUUUGAGAUUAAAGACAAGGAAAAGGGGAUAGCUACAUGUAACCAUUGUCACGCAUCAUUUUCGUACAGAACGUCUGUGAGCAAUUUGAUGAAGCAUUUGAGGGGUAAACAUGGGUACACGAGGAGUGAGCUCAAAGGCGAUGAGGAUGGGACAGAAGGGGACACGGAAAAUGAAGAUAAGGAGGAAACAAAACAAAAUAUAAAAAGCGAGAUAUGGGAAUAUUUUGAUACUAAGGAUGAAGAUGAGAAGGUAGCGUCUUGUAGACUGUGCCUCGACCAGUUCUCAUUCAAGACUUCAUUAAGCAAACUGUCGUCGCACCUGAAGUCGAAGCACUCCAUUGACUUUGGUAAAGGUUCUGAUGAUGAAGACUAUAAAGGGACUGAUGAUGAGGAUGUCAGUCUCGCGCACCUAUCAGAAAGCAGAGGCCGUGGUAAGUCCAGUGAAGCAUGGGAAUACUUUGAGAUCAAAGAUGAUGAACGGAAAGUGGCCCGCUGCAACCUGUGUGGGGCACUGUGCUCGUACCGGACAUCAGUGUCCAACUUAAUGAAGCAUGCUCGCAGGAAACACAAUAUAAGACCACGGACCAGUGACGGUGAAGAGGACCCCGGGGACGACCACCAUGAAGACAGCAAGGUAGAUACAUCAGUUUCCCGCGCCCAACGCUCCAUAGUAUGGCUGUACUUCAAAUGCGUGGACCCUGAUGCCAAGCUGUCCCAAUGUAUGAUCUGCAAGAAACUGCUGUCGCACAGCACCACACUCACCAACUUGAAGAAGCAUCUAGAGAGAAAACAUCCCAAUGUCAAGAUCCCUGUCAGAGAAGACGGGCGCAAAAGAAUCCUUCUGUCUUCCGGUGGAGAGUUAUAUGAAGUGGAAGCUGGUACCAAGUUGGAUGAUGAUGAUGAUGAUGACAUGAACGCCAACGAUGAUGUUGAGAAUCAGAAUGACACAUUAGAAAUGGAUACCGUGUAUUUGGAAGACUUCGAAUCGCUCGAAGAAUCACAGAAAAAUCGUAAACCUAGUACAAAGAAACGCGUACGAAAUAACACGUACAGUAGCAGUUCCGAGGAAGAAGUUACUUUCAUUAACAGAUAUGUAAAAAAACACAGCGAUUCCUUUGACCAUUUCGGGAAGUAUAUAGCUUCGUUGCUAAGAAAGCUGCCAAAGGAAACUUCUAGUAGGUUGCAAGCUGAUUUUGUGAAGCAAAUAUUGAGUGUUGAGAGUGUAACAGAUAAAAAUAACGCGUACGAAGUAAUAGUUCACGAUGACAGCCAAGACUUCGUCGCGGUCGCGGUCGAAGGGGCGCCAGCUAAAUAAAUUAACUGAAUUCAAA